AUGGCACCCAACUCUCAAAACUUCGUCGAAGAACCCGUGGCAGAGACCCCUCUAUUCACAAAGGAACACCUCGAGUUUUUAAAUGAAAGGUUGUCAAAUCUCACACCGUUGCAAAUAAUAGAAUGGGCCACUAUCACCAUCCCUAAUUUAUAUCAAACAACUGCGUUUGGUCUCUCUGGUUUAGUAAUACUUGAUAUGAUAUCAAAAGUAAGCCUCGAUCGUGCAGAGAAGAAUGGAACUCAACCACAACAUCUCGUUCCUCUGAUAUUUCUCGACACUCUUUAUCAUUUCCCCGAAACCGUUGAAUUGGCCCAUCGUGCAGCCGCUCAUUACAACGCACCUCUGAAAGUGUACAAGCCCGUCGGCUGUUCAACGGCUGAAGACCUUGAGCGUAUGCAUGGGCAGAAAUUAUGGGAGACAGACGGGGACAUUUAUGAUUAUCUGGUUAAAGUAGAACCAGCCCAGAGAGCUAUAUUAGAGAUAGAAAGGGGAACAGGAUUAGUAAAACUGAAUCCCUUGGCCCACUGGGACUACCAGCGAGUCUGGACCUACAUACGAGCUAAUGAGGUGCCGUACAAUCCAUUGAUCGAUCAAGGUUAUCGCUCAAUUGGCGAUUGGCACAGCACAAAGCCUGUCUCAAAUACAGCCAACGAACGCGCAGGACGAUGGGAAGGACAGGCGAAGACAGAGUGCGGAUUACACAAAGACUAUUUUGAAAUGCGAGCCGCGUUCCUUGCUGCAAGAGAGCGUAGAACUGGCCCGCUUGCAAGACAAGUGACCGUGUAA